CUCUCAUAUAUUUCUUACCUGUAAUUUGUAAUUCAAAGUCCUUCCCCCCACCCCCCAAAAAAAGCAACUUCAAAAUUGAUGAAAAGAUUGCAGCAGGUGCAUCACUAACGGUUCCUUUAGAUAGAGCACAAAACACCGUCGAUAUAAAAAUAAUUUGAGCAGGCUUCUGGUAAGUUGUGGCAGAGCUUUUCUGGUCGGAAGCGUUUCUGAAUGUGAAAGUAAGAAUUAUCGUUACCACGUCAAAUGCUUCAUACAUUUGAGAGUAGCCAAACAUGGAAAGCAAAUAUCUGUCAAAAUCGUCAUUCUACAAUUAUAUCUCACGCCUUCAAAACUAAUUAGGUACCUAAGAAACAAAAGAUCUGAAAAUUUCUAGAAAAGCUUUGCCAAAUUUCUUCAUACCAAAAUUUCCAGUCAGAAAUUAUGCAUUGGAACCUUUAAAUUUUCAUCCUUAGAUAUGAAGGAUUUGAAAGUUCCCCUUUCCCUUACUUCGCCCUCCUCAACUCUUCAUUCUAAAAUCAUAGCUCGUGCCUUUCAAAUGUAAGAAAUGUAGAGCACAAGAUUGUUUCACUGACGGAGAGUUGAAGUGACUGAACCAGGUAACCAGUUCGGAAGUAGCUUCGUUAAAUAUUUUGAGUCAUCGGUUCCAGAAGAAAAAUUUCAAAAGAUAAUAUAGAAAUUCUAAGCCUUCCAAAUUGCAAACAAUGUUUCUUUCUCGACUAUGCAACAGAAGUAUAUGAAACUUAAAAAGUGUCUGUCAAGCUCGAUUUUAUAAACAAAUUUCAUAGACAUCUCGUUUAAAGCAGCUUUCAAGAUCCAGAAGCGAGAAUCGUUGCAUUUAAAGCUCAACAAUAUCUUCACGCUGGUUUGAGACUGUGGGAAUACUUUGAGGCCAAAACAUUACAGAAGAGAUGGAAAUUGACCUCAGUGGAAAGCCAUAGAAGUAGUAAUGAGAGAAAUGUCAGAACCUCACAGUGAAGACAAAAUAACCUUUAAAGAUAAUUGUUGGCAAGAAUCUCUGCAUCUUCUAUCGAUUGUUAUAGCAGAAAUUGUUUUGGUUAAAAGCUUUAGAGGAAAGUGGAAUAUUAUUAAGAACAAAUUGCAGCUUCUUAUAGAAGAAUUUACACAUAUUGCAAAUCUUCCAGAUUCUGUUCUUACCCCAACAUACACAGAGGUUCUGAAGGCCAUUUUAAAUACACUAAAUGAAACACGGGAUCUUAUUAAAAUGUGUGUUGAUGUAGAGCUCUGCAUUGGAAAGCUGCAACUGCAAAGCAAUCUCGAUUGUCUAGCCAUAAAACUGAACCAGCACCUUCAAGACUGCAAAUCUGUAAUGAAAAGUGAAAUUAUGCGAGAGUCUGCAAUAUGCUGCACUAGCAGAGAACUUCUAGGGCUUAUAGAAUUCGGAAAUAUAGAGUCCAAACAAAGGGCUUUGGAUUCUUUAUUAUCUUUGAUGCAACAAGAUGAGAAAUAUGUCUAUAUUGUUGCAGGCCAUAACAGUGCACCUGUCAUAUCUCAUUUAUUGAACUCUGAGUUAACUGAAAUCCAAGAGAAAGCUGCAGCUGCUGUCUGCAGGCUUGCACAAGCUGACAGCUUUGAACAUUUGCUGGUUAGAGAAGGGAUUCUGCCCCGUUUGGUAAGGCUUUUAAAGACAGGGGAAUCAGUUGUAAUAGAAAAAGCUUCUUUAGUUCUUCAAGCUUUGAGUUUCACACCUGAAAUUGCGAGGUCAUUAGGAACGAUCUGUGGCGUGUUAGCUCUGGUUGAUGUUUGUCGAUAUGGAACUCCUGCUGCCCAAACAGCUGCUGCAGGGACUCUUACCAACCUUGCGAGUGUCGAAGACUUAAGGCAACAUUUUCUUCAGGGAAAUGCCAUACCUGCCUUAAUAAGGCUGACUACUUCAGGCACAACCCUUGCACGACAACACGCAGCUGAUUGUUUGCAAAAUUUGGUAUCUACUGAUGAUAAUCUAAGCUCAUUUAUAGCUAAAGGCGGUGGAAUUCAUGCUCUGAUGUUCUUCUGGGAUGGAGAUUCAACACCUAGAGCCCAAGAAAUUGCAAUUGGAGCACUGAAAAAUAUUUUGAGUUGCAGGGCAAAUUCUGAUCUACUCAUUGCUUCUGGAUUUAUUCCCAGGCUUGUAAGUGCUUUAAACUGUGUUGAAAUUCCAACUUUGAAACAAGUCGCAGCUGUUGCUAUUUAUGAGUUAGCUACUUCAAUGGAAAGUAGAAAAGCACUUGGAGAAGCUGGUUGCAUUCCUCCACUAGUGAAAAUGAUUGAAGCCGAGAAUAGCUCUGAAGUUGAACAGGAAGCAGCAGCGCAGGCUCUGUCUGUUCUACUCUUCUUUGAUGGCAACAGGAGAAUAUUCAAAAGGGAAGUAAACGGCAUCUUAGGAACAGUGCAACUCCUUAAUGCGUCAAGCCUAAAUGCAGACAAGAAAUACCCAAUCUCAAUUCUUCUUAGUGUUUCCGACAAUGCUAAGUGCAAGAGGGAGAUAGUAGAAGCUGGAGCAUGCGUUUACUUGAAAGAACUCGCAGAAAUGAAGGUAAGUGGUGCAAAGGAACUUCUUGAACGUUUAGAAAGAGACAAGUUCUGGAAUAAAUUUAGCAGGGUCUUGAAUUGUAGAUCGAGGUUUUAACCUAAUCAGCUGUUUUCAUUCCAUCUGAAUGGCUUAAUGAACGGUUGAGAUAUUUUUCGUUUUAUCUUAAAAAUGGAAGUAGUUGUUAGCCGCCCUCUUUAACUUGAACAGAUGAGCAUAUAUCUGGUAGAGAUAUAAAGAACUGCACAGGGUUAGAAUAGGAGCUAACAACAGCUUGUUAUCAUAUAUUGAGAAAUUCAAAGAUAUUGGAAGAUACAGAAGUAGUUUUUUUUUU